UGUAAAUUUGCUGAGCAUGCGCAAUUUGAUUUCAAAAUUGCACGUUGUGAAUGCGUUGACAUCGCUUGUGUUAUUUGAGGUCACGGCGAAUGUGGGGCAGCCAUGGCCAAACUGCUUGAGUCCAUUGGGAAGCUGGGCCUGGGCCUGGCGGUGGCCGGAGGUGUGGUAAACUCUGCUCUUUAUAACGUGGACGCUGGGCACCGGGCCGUCAUCUUCGACAGAUUCCACGGCGUGCAGGAUGCGGUCGUCGGCGAGGGGACCCACUUCCUCAUCCCCUGGGUGCAGAAGCCGGUCAUCUUCGACUGCCGGUCCCGCCCCCGAGAGGUGCCCGUCACGACCGGCAGCAAAGAUCUGCAGAACGUGAACAUCACGCUGCGGAUCCUGUUUCGGCCCAUCGCUGGGCAGCUGCCCCGCAUCUUCACCAGCAUCGGGGAGGACUAUGACGAGCGUGUGCUGCCCUCCAUCACCACCGAGGUGCUGAAGUCCGUGGUGGCUCGGUUCGAUGCUGGGGAGCUGAUCACACAGAGGGAGCUGGUGUCUCAGCAGGUCAGUGAGGAUCUGAUGGAGAGAGCCUCCACCUUCGGCCUGAUCCUGGACGACGUGUCGCUGACUCACCUGACCUUCGGGAAGGAGUUCACUGCAGCUGUGGAGAUGAAGCAGGUGGCUCAGCAGGAAGCUGAAAAGGCCAGGUUCAUUGUGGAAAAGGCCGAGCAGCAGAAGCAGGCCGCCAUCAUCUCGGCGCUGGGCGACUCCCAGGCGGCGCUGCUCAUCGCUAACUCCCUGGCCACGGCCGGGGACGGCCUGGUGGAGCUUCGUAAGCUGGAGGCGGCCGAGGACAUCGCCCUGCAGCUGUCCCGCUCCCGAAACGUCACCUACCUUCCCUCGGGCCAGGGCACCCUGCUGCGGCCGCCCCAGUGAGGCCUCCCCUUCGCUCCCCACAGAACUCCCCCACCGCCCCCCUGCCCCUCCAGCCAUGGCCCUCCAGGGCUGCACCCUCCAGCCUGGGCAUCGGGGGCAACCCAACAGACAGGGGCCCGGGCCUCUGCCGCCCUCCAGAUGAACAUAGGUUCUAUGGUGGUCUGGCACAGGCUGAGUUUAGAAUAACUGCCUAAUUCUGGGGCUCCGUGGUUGAGCCUGUUCUGACUAUAGCGUGUUCCCCACAGUCUGAGUGUAGGGCCUUUUCCAACAGUCUGACUUUAGGGCCUGUUCCAACAGUCUGACUGUAGAGCCUUUUCCAACAGUCUGACUGUAGGGCCUUUUCCAACAGACUGACUGUAGCGCCCUUUCCAACAGUCUGACUGUAGCGCGUGAACAACAUGUAGCUUUGCAGGCAGAGAAGCAUUUCUAGCGCUGUGAACUGCUUCUCUUUCCCAAGCUCUGGCCCUGGUGUUCUGGGCUCACCUUAAUGGGAUUGGUGCAUCGCUGAAGGCAGAACUAGCCUCAAAUGGUUUUUGGCCUGAUUCGGUCAGUAAGAAUGUCUGUGCAUUUGAUUAGGAAUGAGUCAAAAAUAAUUGUAGAGGUUCAUUUAUUAAUAAUUUUUAUCAUUAAUAAUUAUUCCCCUAAAAUGGCUUCUGGGGAUAUCGACUAAUGUGUACAAACUUGUUAGUUCCCUUAUAAGAAUUGUAAAUUGCUUGCUAACCUCUCCCAAAAAAUGGCCUUGAGCGAAAUGUCAUCCUUGUUUUUUAAAAUAAAGAGCCGUGAGCACUAUUUCAAA